AUGUAUCAGAACAUAGAAAAGACGGGAGUCGAUUCUCUCGUCACACUGGCGCCCAAGGCGAUCAUCGAACGAAUCAAGCUGGCAGCCAGUGGCGUCAAAGCCACCUUUGCCUGUGGCGGCUCCGUCAAGUGCCCAAAGCCCGUUCGUAUCUUGUUCUCUGACGAUGGUGCAAGCAUCGAAACGCAGCCGAAAGUGUUGGAGCUACCCAAGAACGGAGACAAUGCCUCUGCGUUGGAGAAUCUCGUGGCAGCCUGCUCAGCUGCGACCUUUGGCAAAAUGAAUCCCGACAACCCCAAAGAGGGGGCGGAUGUGUUGGAUCUCAGCUACAGGAAGGCGCUCAAGCUGGACGCAGAUUGCUUCGAUGUGAACAUCAAUCUGGCAGAGUUGGGAAUCUUGGCAAAAGUCAAGAGGCUCAUGGCGCCUGAUGCGGCUGACCUCAGAGCAGAGCUCUACAAGCUCAACAUUCACUGGACAGGCGACUUCUUCAAGGCUCAUGUUGACACCCCUCGCAGCGCAGACAUGCUGGGAUCUCUGGUCAUUGCACUGCCUUGCCUCCACGAGGGAGGACGGCUGACAGUAGAGCACGGUAUCGAGUGCCAGACCUUUGACUGGUCUUUGACAGAGCUCCCAAAUGCGCCGUUGCUGCAGUGGGGAGCCUUCUACUCAGACUGCAUACACGAAGUUCAUCCUAUGACCAGUGGCGCGCGCAUCACGAUCACCUACAAUCUCAUGGCUGUCAAAGCAGAGGAUCCUCCACUGAGGGGCGUGAAUCCUUCCAGUCUGGCCCUGCGCCAGAUCCUAGAUGAAGCCCUGCAGACCGAUGGGUUCCUGGAAAAGGGAGGCACUCUGGCGUUCGGCUGCCAGCACGAAUACCACCACAACAGCGAUGCCUUCCUGGAUUCACAUUUCAGAUUUCAGGCAGAUUUAAAGCUGCUGCUGAAGGGGGCUGAUGCGUGCGUGGUGGCUGUUGCAAGAGACCUGGGCCUGAAAGUGGACAUCAACCCAUUGUUCAAAAAUGAGAACAACUACGAGCGUGAGUAUGAUUCUGAGGGGAAUCCGCUGGCACCCGAAGAACUGGAGAGGCGCCGCGCAACAGAGUAUGUCGGCAAAGAGUUUGGGCUCGGCAUCCAUGACUUCGUAGAUCAGGACGCAGCCUCUGUGGCAAGGUUGGGAAACUACAGCGCGGCCAAAAACAGGGGAGUUGAGAAGCGAUGGGACCUGAUUUGGUGCCACGGCCUUGAGCACCAUGAGGUGGCAGAAGUCUACCUGGCAUAUGGCAACGAGUAUUCCAACGAGGUCAUGUACAGCUAUGCUGUGAUUCUCAUAGAAGUCCCUCCCAUGGCACAACGCAAGCUGGGUCCGGCAAGCAACUCUGCUGAGCAGUAA